AGAUUACAAAAGAAAUAUGGCAGCCUCCACCAAAAAAAUUGACAGACAAAAAUAUUUUGUUUGAACACUGAAUAAGGCAUGAUUUGUGGUAAAUGCAUAGAACCAGAAAAGAACAAAUGAAUAUGAUUAUGUAUUUUGAUGGUUAAGUCUAAGGCUGAGUCUAAGGAGCUGUAAUGCCAGACAUACGCAUAUCACCCAGAGGAGUUGCCUGUCCUUGGUUGUCAUGGAUACGAUGGUCACGUUUGAUUGGUCUGCUUCUAUUAUGCCUGUUCAUGGUUGCAGUGAUCAGCCAUAUUUACCUGACAGAUAUAAACAGCGACCCUACAGAUGGACAGAAAUUGCGUAUACCUCUGCAAACAGAUGAGGAUGAAACACAGAUAAAAAAAUUGAAUCUAGAAAUCAAAAGUUUACGAAAAAUCAAAGCCUCUGUCAACAAUGAAUUACGAGAUAUGGAGAGUAAACGACAAAAGUUACAGGUGCAGAUAUCAAACUACCAGAAGCAGAUUGAUAUUCUAAGCGCACAGAUAGAAACUUCUGAGAAGGAAAUAAAAUCAACACAGCUAACAUUGGAACAGUUGAAGUUAGAGAAAUCAGAAAUGGACAAACAAUAUCUACCCAUUUUAAAAGCACCAAUCAAAAUGUUAAUGGGAGAUAAUUCUAAUGUUAAACUCCCUAUGCCAAUCAAUGGACAGCAUUGUAAAAUGCAUUCCUGCUUUGAUUUCUCACGCUGUUCUGUUUUCUCUGGAUUUCCUGUCUAUUUCUAUGAUUCAGAAAAGGAUUUAAAUGUUGGAGAGUUAGUUCCCUUUGUUAAGAAUGGUAUCGAUCAGUACUUAGAAGAAAACCUUUACAGAACUUUUGAUCCAAGUACGGCUUGUAUUUUUGUUGUUGUAGUUGGGCAACAAAUUAAUGGAAUUCCUUAUUCUGUAUUAGAGCAAUCUUUACAGAAGUUACCAUUUUGGAAUGGUGAUGGUAGAAACCACAUUUUAGUCAGUCUAAUGAGAGAUGAGAAUGCCGAUAUUGAUAUUUUUGGUGGAGCUGAUACCGGCAGAGCAAUAAUCGUUCAGUCUCCUUUUGUAAAAACUAUUUUUAGAUCAGAGUUUGAUAUUGUGAUUCCACCUAACAUUGGAAAAGUAUCGGGAGAUGUCUGGGAGGAACUCCCACCUAUUUCACCGAUUCGUAGAAAAUAUUUUUUGUCUUUCAAAGGUAGUUUUAAGGGUAAUGUGCAAUUUCAAAAUGGCGAACAAAGUGAUGGACAAAUCUCUAAUGUUGAGAAUUCUGUGAUUUCAUUUCUAAAGAAUAUUCAAUUGAAAUUAGACCCAGAAAUAUUUAUAGAAUUUUCAUGUGACACAAUUAUUCCUGGUGCUAUUAACAGUGAAUAUUCUAUGUGCCAAAGUGAUGAAAAUCGUUAUGAACUUUUAAAACAGUCGACAUUUGCAUUGAUUAUCUCCCCUGCAAAUGAAAGUUAUGUAUCUACAAACAUUUUUCAGCUUCGAUUUUACGAGGCGUUAAAAUAUGGUGCUAUUCCAGUGAUACUGGGAGAUCAUGUGACAUUACCUUAUAUGGAAAUACUCGAUUGGAAAAAGGCCACUGUGAUUUUACCAAAGGCUAGGUUGACAGAGUUUCAUUUUAUUCUCCGAACUUUUACAGAUACUGCCAUGGCAACAAUGAGACGAACAGGCAGAUAUUAUUUUGAAACUUAUUUUUCAUCAACUAAAAGUAUUUUAGACACAGCUUUAGCUUUAAUUAGAACUAGAUUAAAUAUUCCGCCUGCUCCAAUGGUCGAUAUGAAAUCUCCAAGUGUAUUUGAAAACAAUUCAUAUGUAGACUAUAAGUACGAGGAGGUUAAUCCAGAAAAUGAUGAGACUUUAGGACCUCUAGAAGCGGUUUUCCCAUCAGUUAAAUUUAGUAACAAUUUUACACAAAAUGUAUUUUAUCACAAGUUUACACAAACAGGAGAUCCGUUCAGAAACUACCCAUUUACACCAUUUGAACAUGUUUUACCAUCAGAAUCAAAAUUUAUUGGUUCAGGUUAUGGCUUUAGACCUAUAGGUAAGGGAGAAGGUGGAGCAGGGAAGGAGUUCAGUGAAUCUCUUGGAGGCAACUUGCCAAGGGAACAGUUCACAUUGGUAAUGUUGACAUAUGAAAGAUCAAAUGUGCUGAUAACAGCCCUACAAAGACUGAAAGGUUUACCAUUCCUCAAUAAAGCAGUAGUCGUGUGGAAUAACCCAGCUCCACCUACUCCUGACCUUAAGUGGCCUGAUAUAGGUGUUCCUAUACAUGUUAUUAAAACAACAAAGAACAGUCUGAACAAUCGCUUCCUGCCGUACGAUGUGAUAGAAACAGAAGCCAUACUCAGUAUAGAUGAUGAUGCUCAUUUAAGACAUGAUGAGAUUGUUUUUGGGUUCAGGGUUUGGAGAGAGGAGCGAGACAGGAUAGUUGGGUUUCCAGGGAGAUUUCAUGCCUGGGAUGUGAAAAACAAUGCCUGGUUAUAUAACUCUAAUUAUUCCUGUGAACUUUCUAUGGUUCUCACAGGAGCAGCAUUCUUCCAUAAGUAUUAUGCCUACAUGUACAGCCAUGUAAUGGCAGCAGCUAUAAGAGACAAGGUGGAUGAGUAUGUUAACUGUGAAGAUAUAGCCAUGAACUUCUUAGUAUCACAUAUCACUAGGAAACCUCCAGUCAAGGUGACAUCACGAUGGACAUUCCGCUGCCCUGGCUGCCCUCAGACAUUAUCCAAUGACAGAUCACAUUUUGAGGAAAGACAUAAGUGUAUAAACUUUUUUGCAAAAGUGUAUGGUUAUAUGCCGUUAUUGUACACACAAUACAGGGUCGACUCAGUUCUGUUUAAAACACGACUACCCCAUGACAAACAAAAAUGUUUCAAGUUUAUAUAGUAUUCUGUAGAUGGUUACAGCUGAUUGGGUAAACUGGGGACUCAUUAUUAUUUAACGGUUACCAAUUAAGUGUUUAAAAAAUAGUAUUUUUAUAGGUUUUAACCAAGACUUUGGCAAAACCAUGAAAUAAAAAAACUGAUUUGCAUAUUAGGGAAUACAUUUACAUGAUUGAUCGAUAUGGAUUCUCCUAGUUGCUCUCAAAGUUAUUUUUUUUUGUAAAAACAAGGUUAAGUGAUCUACUUUUUGUAGCCAAUGUAUAAAACAAAAUGGCAGUGAUGAUAACACAUACUGCCCUGACAUUUGUAUUAUCAAUUUUUACUUCAAGCUCAUCUUUAAUUUAAUAGAAAGCACAAAACAUUUAACUGAAUGAUAAUGAGAUUUUUUGGUAGAUUAUUUUUUAUAAGAUAACAAAUUUCAUGGUGUACAUUUUUUUGUGUUAACCAAAAAAUAUAAUCAUGUGCCAGGAGCAUUUAAUGACACAAACAUACAAUUUAUGUGAGAUAUGUGAACUGGGAAAUUAAAUUCCAUAUUUCCAAUUAUAAUGCAUUUUUAAAUUUAUUUAUUGGUUUAAAAACUGGACCAAGCUUCUCACAAAUAUAUCAUAAAAGUCCUUCUUGCGUCUGUGAGAAAAUUUGUUUUGCUUCAUUUUGAUGUUUUUUUUACUGUUUUCAUCAGCACAAAUGAUAGUCUGAAAUCAUGCUAACGCAAAAUUGUAACAAUAUCACUAUAGAUUCUUUACUGAUUAAACCAAUAAAAACAUGUAUUGAAAAUGUAACCAAUUCAAUAUAGAUAUGUCAUAUAAAACCUUUAUAACUAUGUAUUUAAAUUAUUUUGUACGUAGUAUGUUAUAUUUUAAAAGCUAAUUAUCUAAAUUAGAAAUUGUAAUUAUCAGGUUGUACUGAAUCGUUUUAUAUAUGAGUGAUGGAUUUUUUUGUAAAAGUGGGAUUUUUUGCUGAGGACUGAGGGCUUUUCCAUAUAUUUAUGUGUAUAUUUUACUUAAUCCAUGAAAAACUGGUACCCAAGAGAAAAGAAAAUCCAAUAUUUACUAGGAAAGUUACUCAUUACUAAAAAAGUAAUAAAAGUUGUGAAUUUUAAUUUUUCAAAAUUUU